CUCAGUUUGUGAGAGGACACAGUAGAUUGUGUGAUAUAGAAAAUACUUCUGGGAAUUCCGGCGUGCUUGAACGACUCCAGUGAGCGUGUUCUUGAGGCAGGUGAAUAACGGACGCAAGGACAAGAAAAAAAAUGAACGGCGACAUCUACAGCAUCCACGUUGACGGCAUCCCUCUGGACACGCUCAGUAAGGUUCAUACCUACCUGAAGCCGUUCACGCUGACCCUGGAGGUCCUUCAGCAAGUUUCCACGCGACUGGAGCGCGAUCUGAGGCGAGGCCUUGGGAAACACUCGCACCACAGGGCCGCCGUCCAGAUGCUGCCCACCUUCGUCACGGCCACGCCGGACGGGACGGAAAAAGGCGACUUCCUGGCUUUGGACCUCGGCGGGACAAACUUCCGGGUGCUCCACGUGCGAGUGUUGGAGGAAGAGCAGAGGAUGGUGAAGAUGGACAGUCAGAUCUGCGCCAUCCCGAAAGAGAUGAUGCGGGGACCCGGAGAAGAGUUGUUCAACCACAUUGCCGCCUGUCUGGGGGAUUUUCUCAAGUCGCAGAAUCUGCAGGGGAAAAUUCUCCCCCUGGGCUUCACCUUUUCCUUUCCAUGCCAUCAGAAGGAAAUUGACAAGAGCAUCUUAAUCCGCUGGACUAAAGGCUUCCAGUGCUCCGGAGUGGAGGGAGAAGAUGUGGUGAAGCUCUUGCGAGAGGCCAUUCACAGACGAGGGGAUUACAACAUCGGCUCCAUCGCCAUGGUCAACGACACUGUGGGCACCAUGAUGAGCUGCGGCUACAAGGACCAAAGCUGCGAGAUCGGCAUGAUCAUCGGCACGGGUACCAACGCGUGCUACAUGGAGGAGAUGAAGAACGUGAAGCGCGUGGAGAGCGACCACGGACGCAUGUGCAUCAACACUGAGUGGGGCGGCUUCGGCGACAACGGCUCGCUCAGCGACAUCCAGACAGAGUUCGACGUCCAGGUGGACAAGACGUCCAUCAACCCCGGCAUUCACACCUUUGAGAAGAUGAUCAGUGGCAUGUAUCUGGGCGAGAUCGUGCGCUUCCUGCUGGUGAGGAUGACAAAGGACGGGUUGCUGUUCAACGGACAGGCGUCGGAGGCGCUGCUGUCGCCGGGCGGAUUUGAGACCAAGUACAUCUCUGAUAUUGAAGAGGAGGCCGUCGGUCUGGAGAACGGCAGGAAAAUGCUGAGCGACAUGGGUCUGACGUUUGACCCGGUGGACGUGCGCGUGGUGCGUAUGGUCUGCGACACGGUGUCAUCGCGGUCCGCUCGCCUCUGCGCCGCCGCCCUGGCCACCAUCGCCACUCGCAUCCGGGUCAGUCGCGGCCUGGACCACCUGAAAACCACGGUGGGGGUGGACGGCUCGGUGUACAGGAAACACCCAAACUUCAGCGCCGAGCUCCAGGCCACGGUGCGCCGGCUGGCCCCCGACUGCGACGUCACCUACCUGCUCUCGGAAGACGGCAGCGGCAAAGGCGCCGCCAUGGUAACAGCAGUGGCGGAGCGGCUGGCCCGCCAUUCCCGCCUGCUGGAGGACAGCGACGGCGAGGACAGCGACGACGAAGACCAGUGAGGGUGCGGAUGGGGGAAAGCCCUGACAACAACGCACAUCGCUCGAUUUAUUUAAUGACCUUUUUCCACAUUUUUACAUGUUACGGCCUUGUAUUUUAAAAUGGGUUAAAUGAAUUUUUUUCCCCCUGAAAAUUCUAAAAGUGCUGUGAAUACUUUCCGGAUGCACAUAUACUGUAUUCACAGCGCCUUCACGUUUUCCACAUUUUGAUGUGUUAUAUCCUUAUUCCAAAUUUGAUUAAAGGUUCCAUAUUUUGGCUAUUUAGACCCCCAUUGAGUGACUCCCUAACGUGGACUUAGUAUAAAAGUGUCAAUUUCAUUUCCAAAAAACACCUCGGUUUUGUCAUAUGAGUAUCCAGAAAACACCCCUCUGACAGCUACUUCUGUUUGACCCAGUUUUGGAUCCACUUUGUCCUUAUUUGGCUAAGACUACCCCCUUUCCUCUGAUUGGUUCCCUCCGUGUAGAAGAGCCACGUUUGAGAGCACAAGUGUUUAUGUUGACAGCGCUGGCUCAGGAGUGGAGAGAUUGACGGAGAUCUUCGCUAGUGAUGUAGAUAAGCUCAAGAAAGUCGAAUGACUCGGCAGAAAAACGUCUCUAAGGCAGGAUUGCGUGGAUGAUUUUAAUUCAUAUUUCUCAUGUUUACUGAUGCACCGCAAAGGCAAUAUCCUUCCACUUUCUGAGCCGCUUCUCCUCACUAGGGUCGCGGGCAUGCUGGAGCCUAUCCCAGCUAUCCCACCGUGCCGCCCCAAAUCCAAUAUAACAUCCCAAAUAGGGGAUUGGUUGGUAAGGUUGUUUUAGUGAAAUAUGAGCCUAAAAUUUUUUUUUCUUCUCAAAAUUCUAGCCAGAACACCCCAUAAUGACGAGAUGAAAAUAUAUAGAAAUGUGUUUUGCAAAUGUAUUUAAAAAAACAACAACUUUUACAUAGUCUGCUUCAGGAAGGUAUUCACAGCCCCUUCUAUUUUCCCCCAAAUUUUUGUUACAGCGUUUUUCCAAAAUUGAUGUAUUCAUUUUUUUCUCGAAAUUCUACACACCUUGUAAUGACAACAUGAAACUGUUUUUUUUUUCUUAUUUUGCUAAUUUAUGAAAAAUGUGAAAGAAAUCACAACAGUUCAGUGCAUCAGGGAAGUAUUUACAGCCCCCUUCAUUUUUCUAUAUUUUGUUAAACUUAUUCCACAAUGAACUCAGUUCCAUUUUUUUUCAUCAAAAUAUGGAAAAAGUGAAGCUCUCUAAAUACUUUCCGCAUGCAGUGUCCUGGUUUUCUAAUUCGAGUGAGAAAUAGUAUUUGUCCUCGAAAUUCAAAAUCCCCAUUGUCAACUCACUCCUAUUUCUUCCAUUCAUAGUCACUUUGAUGUUUUAUUCUGUCAUGAUAACACUUAAUGCAUUUAUGUCUUUUAAAGAUGACACCUUAACUAGGCUAUGUGGUGUUUCAUGGAGGUCAUCGGGUCAAAAAAAGAAAAGAGGAAGCAGUUUAUAACAGACAUAGAGGUGUUACACAAAAGUAGCAGGUCAACAAGCCGCCAUUCACGUAAUCAUUACAUGGACUUACCUUCUGAUGCACAAUGGAUUGUUGACCUGUUUGCCUAAAAUCAGAGUUUAUUAGAAAAAUGAACAUCACCUUUCUGCUUCAUUCAUGGUUUUGUUUUGUUUUUGUUUUUUGCAAUUUUUUUUUGCAAGCGUGUGUAUCCAUCCUGCUGAAAACGUAUGUAUUUUAGGGCUCCCCAACACAGCCCACUGCCCGAAACUUACUCAGUCACGCCACCUGGAAAGUAAGGGGAAAAAAAAGCAGUCCGGAACCCCAGUUUCACCUACUGACAUGAAAUUAAAGGUAUCUUUUGGGGGGAAAAAUGUAUGUAUUUUCAAAGUGGAAAUGUGGCUAUACAUUACAAAAAUAAGGCUGUGUAUUUUGGAGGAAAAAUAUGUCAUUUUACUUUUUUUUACUACUUUUACUACUAAAAAAAAUUAUACACAUAUUAUAUUUUCAAGAUUAAAGUUCUAAUAUGAGAAUAAA